AUGGCCGAACAGAUGGGUACCCCUGGAUCCAACGCCGACACCUCAAUCAACGGCAGCAAGGCCGGCAAAGACAAAGCAUGUCCCUUCUGUCGCCAGCAAUUUACAUCGUCCUCCCUCGGCCGCCAUCUCGAUCUCUAUAUCAAGGACAAGAACCCCAAACCGCCGGACGGACUACAUGAUGUCGACGAGAUCAGGAAGCUGCGAGGGGGCAUCACAAGGAGGCAGCCGAGGAAUUCGACGUCUAAGAGGGAGGGCUCUACACCAGCGGGCACGCCCAGUGCGCAUGAUAGGAGGAGUCCUAGGCCAGGGUCUGCCUCGGGAAACCCUUCACCAAGGAGAGAUGAUAAUGCAUCUUCCGAUCGACUGGCUUACCACGGGAAGCCGGCCUAUACGAUAAACCAACCUACGUGGGAGGCAACAGGGGUCAUGAAUGUCAUUCCGCCAAGUAGAAAUGGUGAUUCGGUGCGGAGCUGGGAUGGUGGUGACGAGAGGGAUGCGGGCAGAAAGGUGGAACAUAGGGCUCGGUCUGUUAGCAAGCAGAUGCUGGCAAAGACAACCUUUGAGCAAAAGCAGAAGAUGAUAGAGGCUUUGGAUAAUGCGAAAGCAGCAGAACUGGCGCUGCGGGAAUUGUUGGGGUCAAUUAGAGCUGCAAAAAAAAACAUCGAGGGCCCUACAAUAUUCGACUACGACCCCUUGUCUCUCGAUUUCCCUGCUCUCUGUCUACACUGUCUACCUCCCCCACCUACGUUAUAUCAAUCAACGCCCCUCCCUAACUCUUCAUCAUGGUCCAUUCUCCCUCCAGAUGAUCACCAAUACCAAGCCCUCCGCUCCCACUUCUCCUCCGAAUUCCACCGUUGGCGAGUCUCCUGCGCAAUAGCAAACACAAUGCAAGCAGACGACCUCUCCUACCCGCCUCCCCCUCAUCUCUUCGCAGGCGUCGACGAUCCCGCAGAAAUGGCCCAACGCGCCGAAGCCUCCGCCUCAGACCUAGAAUCCCGCAUCUCAGAACACCUGCACAGCGCCUUUGCGCAUUGGAACGGUCUAUCAGCGCAGAAAAGACAGGAGAUGUGGAUGCUAGAAGUCGCGCGCAGCGUAGGCAAAAAGAGUCAAGAUAUAGAGAAGCUAAAGAAGGAAAAGGAAUUUAUACUACAGGAAGCGACGCACUUGAAACAGCAGGUUGAUGAGCUGAGUCGAUUGCAGCAGCCAAGGGAGUUUAGGCUGGUGAGUCCCAGGACAGUAGGGCUAUCGGGGGAGUUAAUGACAGAGAUCGGGGAGCUGGGUACCAAGUAUGAAGGGCGCGGCGUGGGGUUCGAUCUUAUGGAUAGACAUGUGCAUUUGGAUACUGCUAUUGAGCGGGCGGUAGGGAGGUGGAAGAAUGUGAUUAAGUCGACGAGGGGUAGCGGUGGCAAUGGAAAUGGGGGAAUGGCUUCACAGCGGUCGUUGAGCGGAGAGAGUACUCCCCCGACUACCACUACUCCUCUCACGAACCAGCACCCACAACUUCCACAGCACCAAAGUCAGCAAGGGCAGCAAACGCAUCAGCGUAUUGCUCCCGCUCCACAACAGCAGCAGCAAAUGCAAAACCACAACCGCCUCCAUAACCACCAACAGCAACAUUCACCAAACCAACUCUCCAACAAUACUCGAAAUCAAGCUCAAAGCCAACACCACACUUACAACCAACAACCGCAACAAAAUCACAACCCGCCACAGAUGCAAAACGGUAUGGACAGCGAUCAAGACGCCGAUGGAGACGUAGACGCAGACGCCGAUGCAGACAUGGACGACGAUGAAUCGUUUGUGGAAAUGGAUGCACCGGCUGCGAAAUACAGGCUCUCGAAUGGAACAGGCGUGGGUGCUAGGAGUAGUAAUAUGGAAGGACUGGAGCAUGCGCAGGUUGUGCAGGGGUAUGUGAGGAUUGGCGCUUGA